AUGCGUUCCUUCAUCGUCUCAUUCUUGGCCUUCGUCGCUGUCCUCUCCCUCGUCAUGGCCACUGAGGACCCGUGCUCUCAAAUGUGCUCCAAUGUGAGUGGCUGUGCAGGCUCGAAAUACGGAUCUUAUUGCAAGUCCUGGGUAACUCCUUCCGUCUGCUUCGGCUUGAUCAAGAAGAGUGACGGUUCUAUUUGUUUCGAGCCCACUGAUUCCAACUGUGUUGGGGAGCCCCUGGCCUGCAGUAUCCAACCAACAAUCGUGCCUGCUACUACAACUCAGCAUACUACCAUUGUUCAUAGGAGCACGACUACGACCACUACCGCUGCCGCUGCUACGACCACUACCGCUGCCGCUGCUACGACCACUACCGCUGCCGCUGCUACGACCACUACCGCUGCUGCUGCUACGACCACUACCGCCGCUGUUGAGACUACCACAACUGCUUCAACGACUACAGAGCCUGUGACUACUACGACAGUUGAAACGACUACUACCGAAGCCACGACUACGAUCAAAGUAACCACAACUACCCAGGCGGUGGGUCUCAAUGGUAAUUACUGCGGUAACUUGUACGGUCAAGACUUCAGCGUUGACUUUGAAUCUGGACGCGCCACUCUGAGUGUUCUCGGCCAGACUGCCGGAUGCGACUAUCAAGUAGAUGGUACUGAUAUCAUCUUCUCCAACUACGAUGAUGUUCUCCAGAAGUUGAUGGAUAUGUUCCACAUAAAGAAGAUCCAGGGUACGAUUGUGAGUCCGACUGAAAUUCACAUCAAGGCUGGUCUACUGAUCAAUACUACCCUUACUCAGUGCUAG